AUGGCGCAGUGCACUACUCGGUUGGAGGCAGAGGAGAGAGCUAAGGGAAAGACCCCUGCUGCUGAUGCUAAGGCUGAUCCUCCGGCUGAUAAGAACGCUCCUCAUCUAGAAGACCCUCCUGCUCCCCAGUCAUUCUCUUUUUAUCUCACACUUUGUGCAGGACUCGAGCACAUGCACAAUUUAGAUCCACCAUAUGCUCAUAAUGAUGUCAAGCCUGGUAAUGUCCUCAUAACUCAUGGGAAAGGACAACCACCACUAGCCAUAUUGAUGGAUUUUGGCAGUGCUCACCCUGCAAGGAGGCAGAUUCAACCUCAUUCUGAGGCACUACAAUUAUGUAAGGAGCUGAAGCUAAAUCAUCUAAUUUUUGCUGAUGAUGUACUUCUGUUCUGCAAUGGGGAUUAUAAGAGCAUCUGUUAUCUACUACAGGGCCUCAAAUUAUUUUCGCAAACAUCAGGACUACAGCCUAAUUCUUCGAAGUCUGCACUAUUCUACAGUGGGAUGAGCUCUAAUGAGGUGCAGCGCAUUCUGGAAGUAUCAGGUUUUAGGAAGAGUGAGGUACCGUUCAAUUAUUUAGGUGUACCCAUCUGUCCUAAGCGCAUCUCUGCUAAGGAAUGUACCUUGCUAGUGGAUAAAAUGACUACUAGGAUCAGGUCUUGGAGCACAAGGAAUAUUUAUUUUGCAGGGAGGGCAGUCUUGAUUAACUCUGUUCUCCUCUCAAUUCAGUCCUACUGGAGUCAAAUUAUGUUGCUGCCUAGGAAGGUGAUUAAAGAGAUUGAAGCUAUAUGCCGAGCAUUCUUGUGGACAGGUAAACAGGUGAUGGUUGGAGCAGGGCAAAUAGCUUGGGAUAGCCUGUGCAAGCCUAAAGUAGCAGGAGGUAUAGGCAUCAAGAAAAUUUCUGAAUGGAACAAAGCUGCUAUGUUUAAAUAUGUAUGGGCAGUAGCAGCCAAAGAAGACAAUUUGUGGGUUAGAUGGGUGCAUAGUGUGUACAUAAAAGGUGGAGUAUGGUGGGAUUACAUUGCACCAGCUCAUGGCGGCUGGUAUUGGAGGAAGGUUGUAGCAGUUAAAGAGUAA